CGUCUCCGUCUCCGUCUCCCUCUCUCGGCUGGCGUCAGCGGUCUCCCAGCAACAACCAGGCUCGAGCUCAUCUCAAUCAUCCUCUCGUGAGCGCCGUCAAGGCGCAGAAACAAACUGAGACCACAACAGGAAGAGAGGUGGAAAAUAACAGCACAAUGAUUCUGGACGUGUUUUGUGUAGUUCAUAUCAACGCAGGCCUAUUGGUCGUAAUCUUUUUUUUAUUUUUAUCUUAGACUAAUUUCUCAAGACAAGUUUUGAAAUGACACGUCUUUCAGAUAUAAACAUAGCCUAUAGCCUAUUAUUUAUAUUUAUAGCUUAUAUCACUUUAAAAAUGUUAAACAAUUUUUUUUUAAAGUGACGUAAUUUCCAUUUUCUGUUUCUUAGAGAAUUACCUUUUAAAUUGUGUUUCAGGCUACAGGAGAGUGAGAGGUGCAUAUACAAAUCACUACUAUUAUGAUAUACACCACCGACAUGCUUCACUUGUGUUUGAUUUUGAAAACAUCAACCGGAAGUCGUAUAUCUGCAAAGCUACUUUUUUGCCCCCAGGUCAGCUCAUCUGCAGUAGAAGAACAGAGGAGAGAUAUGAAGCGCAACACGCGGGCGGAAAGAUGCCAGUUUGUUUCUAUGUGUAGGACACUUUUAGAGACAGUGGGUGUUCUGUUUGUAGGUCACUUUUAGAGACCGUGGGUAUUCUGUCCUUCAACGGUGAUUGGAUUUAAGUUAUUACACCCGCGCGUAAAUUGACUGGAGCGGUCGAGGAGAAAAGAAGUAACCGGGAGCUACCAAAGAACGGGAGGAAAGGAGGAGUGCCUGAAGCGCUUCAAAAAGAAAGGGACGCGGGUUUGAUACAAAUGCCAUCGGUGCAGUUUUUGUCCACGCAGUGAAACAAACAAGAGUGUGUAGAGGAGAUGCCGUUGUACGCCCGUACGCUGCGUAUCACCCGGACUGCUAUCAUGUCUGUCACAUGCCUUUAGAGGGAACACUUACUUUUGUUCAUUGAGCUGUGAGCGGAGCUGAGAUUUCAUUGAAGAGGCUCUCCAUAAAACGCAGUGCAUGAACAUUUACGAACGAUGGUGAAGUUUCACAACUCAGAUCUCUGGAUAGCCUGGGUGGUCAUUUCCUUCAUGAAGGGAUCAGUGUUUGAUCUACACAAUAAAAAAGUUUGUGUGCAGGCGCUGGAUGUGACUGUGUCCCAGAGCAGUAUCCAGGUGGCCCGGGGCCAAGCAGCCAUCCUGCCCUGCUCCUUUGCCACAAGUGCUGCCCUCAACAACCUGAAUAUCAUCUGGAUGGUGAUCCCACUCUCCAAUGCCAACCAGCCAGAACAGGUGAUCAUUUACCAGGGCGGCCAGGUGUUCAGCCUCGCCAACCAUCUCAAUGGUCGUGUGGGCUUUGUGGCCACCAUGCCAAGUACAAGUGCCUCCAUCUUCAUCAACAACACCCAGCUGUCUGACACUGGGACGUAUCAGUGCCUGGUCAACAACCUCCCAGACAGAGGGGGGCGCAACAUUGGCGUCAUUGGGCUCACUGUGCUAGUGCCGCCCUCAAUGCCAUCGUGUCGAAUCCAGGGUACGCUGGAUGUAGGCAGUGACAUCAUGCUGAUCUGCAGUUCAGAAGAAGGAAUUCCCACACCGUCCUACUCGUGGGAGAAGCUGGAUGCGCUGCCAAAACUGCCGCACAACGCCAUGCAAGAUCAGAUGCAAGGCACUGUCACGCUGAGAAAUGUCAGCACCAGCACAUCAGGACUCUACCAAUGUACCUCCAGCAACGCAAUCGGCAAGAGCAACUGUUUGCUCAACCUGCAGGUUGUAGCCCCCCAGCCUCAGAGUGUGGGACUUAUAGCAGGCACCAUUGCAACAGGAGUCCUGGCUGUCAUCAUCUGUUCCCUGUUAGUGGCGGUCACACUCUUCUACUGGAAGAACAAGAACAAAUAUGAGGAGGAGGAGAUCCCAAAUGAGAUCAGAGAAGAUGACCUCCCUCCCAAAAGGUCAUCCUCAGUAAAGGCUUUCCAUGCCGAUGCCUCAUCUUCAGAAAAUGACACUCUGACAUCUACCAACACAUACAACAGCCGCUACUGGCACAGCCCCAAACCCAACUAUGACACCAACUCCUACACACGCUACAAUGGAGACACUCGCCAUAACUUCACCACGACUGGACAACAAGCGCAUGGAGAAAACACGGGACAUAUCCACAGUACAGUGGUCACAGCAGCAGGUUCAGCCCCACCAGCCCGCCACAUGCAACCCACAACAGCAACAAUGCCAGCAUUUGCAAAUGGCAGCCACACGUUACCACCUCCAAAGACUUUGGUUGUCACUACGAACUCCGCCCCUUCACCUCCUGCCAUUGUGCGUAGCAAUGGCUCUGUGAGUCUUAAACCUGUGGUACCUUCCCCUCAUGGGCAACACACACACUCCUUCGCUGUGAGCCAAGCCACCCUGGAGCGGAUGGGGGCGGUGCCUGUCAUGGUGCCUGCCCAGAGCCGAGCCGGUUCACUGGUCUGAAGUCUGAGUCACUAAACUUAACAGCUCUACUUUUUGAAAUCCACUGAUGAAAACCAGAAAAUGGAACGAUGUCUACAGCUGCCCCUUUAAACUCUAUCUUUGGACAUGUCUUAACCUAUUUAUCUUAAAACAAACUGCUGUUUUAAAGUGCACAGUUCAUUUAAUGCCAAUUCCUUAUAGGAGUGGACCCUCAGUGGACAAAAGCACUACGUGGGAUUUGAUCGUCUACUUAUUGGAUAUAUUUUUCCUAAGGUGUGGUUGGAAGUAUUUUUUAAAGAAAAAAGUAAAAUGUCCUGCAAAAAAGUAGGUUCAGAUAUUUUUGUCACAGCUGGCUCAGUGUGAUUAUUUUGGUUUCUUUUUUAUUUGUAUUUUUUUCCAGAAGCAUAAUGUACUUUCAUUUCAAUGUAUCCAUACUGCAUGGUUAGACAAAAGCAAGCAAGGAUUCUUACAUAAAUGCAUGUUUUAUUGACAAUAAUAAAAGUGACAUGUUUAAUAGUCUGGAAGAACAUCUGAGGGAGGAAAACAAAGAUAUUAUUAUGUUGGAGGAAGCUAAGAGAACUGCGAUACAUUGCAUAUAUUAUAUUAUGCUUUACUUAUCUUUGUUAAGCUCAACUGCUGUCUUAUUUCUCACACAUAGUGCAUCAAUUGAAAGUUUUAUCAGCACACACAAUACAAUGAAUAUUGGAGAAUUUGCAAAGCAUUGACUUUAAUGGGAAAAGCUCCUGAAUACUUUUCAUAACAGAAAGCUACCGUCCCCUUGAUUUAGCCCUGAAGUUCAAGUGAUUUUCAAAGUUUUUAGUGUGUUUAUCCUUGCCGUUGUUUGAGACUCAUGUCAAAUAAUUGCUGCUUUAAAGAGAAGUGGAUUCAAGGUUGUUUCUUGUCGGCUCACAUGAGGGUUGUAAGUAAACGAGUGGGCUGGAUUUUGAAUUGAAGAAAAUGUAUCAGAUGUCUGACUGAACCAUAUUUGUCAACUCGUGUCUUAAUUUUGAUUGGAUUUUUCCCUUGUUACAGUACACAGCAAUGUGUUACAAAGUCUUUUAUUGUAUUUGACCGACAGUCUUUAUAUUUUAACCAAACCUAACCAUAGUAAAACAGUGUGUUUUCAAUUGAUUAAUCCUCAUUCAUUAUUGUGCAUUUCCUAAAUGGACAAUACUAAUAAUUUCUUGUAGCCAUUAUAAAGUAUCUAAUGCAGCAAUCUUUUGUGGUACAUCCAGAAGUUAUAUUUUUAAAUACUUUACUAAUGCCUGAGAGGAAAGUUUUGUUUCCCACUUUGUUAUUGAGACAUGCUUCUCACACACGACUGCUAUGCGCUCCCUGUGCACACACCUCAGCAGUCCUCGGGAAGUGACCCGGCUCCUCUCCAGCAACCAGACCAACCUCCAUCCUGUGGUCCAUACCGGGACUUGAACCCUCCAGUUCGCAACCCAAGUCCCUACAGACCAAGCGACUGCCCCCCCACACAGUGUUUUUAAAGGACUUUUCUUUAUAUUUGUGCUUCUUCUUUGAUUUAAAGUCUUAUUUCACAAUUGUAUGUGCUAACAGCUCCAUGUUGAACUAAAAUAAUCCCAUGAUGAUGAUGGAUUGUGUCCAUAUGACUUCUCUGAUGAAACUCUUUGUAUGACGGGAUAGUUUCAUGUAUGUCUUCAUGCAGUUUCCUUGUCGGUGUAAGAUCCAGUCAUAUAUAAAAAAGAAAGCUUUCAAGCCUUUUCAGCUCAUUUAUGUAGCUUGUUGUUUUAAACUUAUGUCAUAAGUGAUCUAAAUUCCCCUUAAUCUCAACAAAUACUUUGGUAAAAUGAGCAAUAAAUACAAGCCAAACUGCUGCACUUUCGGGUUACUGAUGUCAUUCCUUAAAUUUACACAAUAGAACAUCUUUGUAACAUUUAUUUAUAUACUUUGGGACUGAGCUAUGGUCAUUUGGGUAAGUCCAGCUGCAACACACACAUAAACACACAUACACGCACCGAUUUAUGAAUACAGUUGAUGGGGGGGGUCAAAUUAUGAAAUAUCAGUCCACUUGUUAAUUUGUAUUGAAAAUAUUUGUUUUACUUUUUCCCUGAGACAAUUCCAGGCUGGAAGAGCAUAGUCUAACUUUAUCCUCUUUUUGGAGAAGCAGUGAUAGUGUGCAAUCACCUGAAAACUAGAUUUAAAUUAAAUACACAUCCUCUAUCCAGCCAUGGUUGGUGAGUGGCACACCUAGUGUGAUAUGGGCUCUGUAUGUACAUGAAUAAUGACAUGUAAUAUAUUGCCGAUUGUAAAACUAUUUGUAAAUAUAAGAUUCAUCUUCUUAGUGUUAUAGGUUAAAAUCAAAUAGGAAAAAGUAACACUGAAAAAUGUAGUGAAUAAAUAUUAUUAAUACAGUCCA